AUGACAGCAAAAUUUAAAGAAUUAACUAAACAAUAUGGCACAUCAGCCCUGGCUGUUUAUUUUAUUAUUUCAACAAUUGAUUUAGGUGCUACAUUUAUAUUGAUUCAAUCAGGUGGAGCUGAAAGAGUUAAAAAAAUAGAAAAUUGGUGUAUUGAAAAUUUUGUUGUUAAUAAUACUUCCUCAAAACCAAAAAUUCCUUCUUGGACAAGUACUUUAGUUAUAGCAUAUGGUGUUCAUAAGCUUUUACUUCCACUUAGAUUAGGUUUAACUGUAGCAAUAACCCCAUCUGUUGUAAAGAAAUUAAGGAACAUGGGUUGGAAUAUUGGUAAAUCAAUUUGA